UGCAGGGUGGAGACGUUAUUGCGUCGCCAUGGCAACGUGGAAGCGGGAGCAAUCUUAACUAACAAAAUAAAAGUUCUAAGACUACAAAAAACAAAAAGUGAAGAUCCAGCCAUCAACAUGAACAACAGAACUCAGCGGCUGAACUCGUUGUCUCGAGCGUCGACCGACGCGGGGACAGCUUUCCUGAACGGCCGGACGAGCUCAAGGUGGGAAGUUCGAGCCCGGCAGGACUUGAGGCGCCGCAGUGUGCUCAGCAGCAGCCGGCCGGGGAGACACCACGGCCCGGAGGAAACACCGCGGAGAGCCGCUCAGGUGCUGGAUGCUGAGGGCAAUGAUGUGACUCCGCUGCCCCUGCUCCCAGUGAAGCCAAACCACAUUUCUCGUGAAACAGCAGGAUUGUUUCUGGAUGACUUGUUCACUCCAGAUCACUCCAGCUCCAGCUCCAGCUUUGAUUUGGAGUCCUCCACCUCUUUAAGCAGGAGCUCAUUUUCUCUGUCCUCAAAGGAUUCAUGGAUGCAGGGGAGUAAGGACAGUUUCCUUACGGAGGACAUCCACUUAAGCCUUUCUACUCCAUUGAUCCCACCAAAGAAAGAAGUGGUAAAAAAACAAGUGUCAGAAGAGAUUAAAGUGGCUGACAUGGUUCUUAUGGAGUCAGAAACGGUUACUCUGCUGGACAUCUCCAGCACCGUACUCCACGAGGACGCUGACGGUGCAGAAGACGUCAGGAUGAGGACCAAGCAUUAUGUUGAACUUUGUAAGAGCAAAGUGCACAAUGCUGUAGAUCAAUCCACACAGACUAUUGUUGGAGAGCCCAAAAACAAACUGAUGCAGACCAACGAGAACACUGGGCUUGAAAAGAGCACUUCUGCAACAACGUGGGAUGUCUACGACUCUUACUGUGGCCAAGAGGAAAACUCUGGAAUCGAUCCUGAUGAUCAUCAUCACCCAUCUAGGAUGAGUGGGAGGAAGAUCACUGAAAGGAGCAGCUCAAGCACCACAGGCAGUUCCAUCAGCUCUCUGUCAGACAUGGAAACUCAGCGGGACAUUAAAAACACUACAGUAGAUCCAAAUGAAGUCCUGCUUUCAGAGUCCUUUCAAAAGAUUUUGCUCGUAAUGGAGAAAACAAUUGCAACAAUCCUUCACUGGCCUGAGCUGGCUGCUUUUAGACAACUGCCAGCCCUGGAAGGUGAACUCCAAUCAUCUCUGCAUCCAGAAGACCUCGACAGUGCAGUGAAGCAGGUACAUGAGGAAGAGUCCUCAUCUCCAACCAUAAAGCCUCUCUGGACGUUUGACUCAGAGCUCACCACAGGACGCAUGAUAACCAGCAUGACGUGGAACAAGAAGAACUUGAACAUCCUGGCUGUCAGCUAUAGUGACUGUGAUCCAUCGAGCUCCAGAGCGAGUUUCAUCUGCUGCUGGUCCCUAAACAACCCUUUGUGGCCGCAGCGCAUCUUCUCCUGUCCGAGUAGAGUAGCGUCCAUGGACUUCUCCUCCAGCGACCACGGCCAUCUGGCUGUGGGAAUGUAUGAUGGCUCUGUGGCCAUCUACAAUGUUCAGAUUCAGGACAGGGGGGCAUGUGUUGCUACCAGCAGCAAGUGUCCAAACAGGCACCUGCGUCCAGUCUGGCAGGUGGCGUGGAACAAACAAGAGAGUAAAUUCUCUGGGCUGGAGGCAGAAGAGGUUCUGGUCUCCAUGUCAGCAGAUGGCAGGAUUUCCAUGUGGCAGCGCUGCAACAACCACCUGGAAUGCAUCGAUCUGAUGAAGAUACGGAGGAUUCACGAUGACAAGAGGGGAAAUGGCGUGUCCAAGAUGGUGGGAGAAACCAUUCUGUCUGAGGUGUCUCCCGGACACUGCCUGGACUUCCAUCCAAAAGAGUCAGACAUCUAUUUGGUUGGUUCUUGGGACGGCCUCAUCCACAAGUGUUCACUGAACAACAACCAGCAGUUCCUGGACUCGUAUCAAAAACACUUACUCGCUGUGAACGACAUCCAAUGGUCUCCAUUCAGCCCUGAUUUGUUCCUGAGCUGCUCCUCAGACUGCACCAUCCAGCUGUGGAGGCACACCUGCCUGAGCCCGCUGCUGAGCUUCAAGUCCGUGCACAGCCAAGUGUGCGCCGUCCGCUGGUCCCCGGAGCGCUCUACAGUGUUUGCAGCCAUUUACAGACAGCAGGUGGAGGUCUGGGAGCUGAGUUCCAACAUCCUGUCCCCGGUCGUUGUCCACCACGCUGCAGCCGGUGUGACGCUGACAGCCCUCCUGUUUGCCAGAGGGACAGACUGUGUCCUGGUGGGGGACAGUGAGGGCAAAGUGACCGUCUACCAGCUCAAAAAUUUCACAGCCGAAGACAAGAAGGGGAAACGUCUGGAUGACAUCCUUGCAUCAGCUUCCUGAAAACUGGAGAGAAAAAAGACCAGUUUGUCAAUUCAAGAGACAAUUCGUUAAUUCUUCCCAUCAAAAUGGCUGUUGGGUCUGUUUUUGAUCUUCUGUUCAUUUAAUGUUUGCACAAAAACAACAAUUGAAUAAUUUACAGCAACAAUCUCAGUUGAACUAGUGCAGUACAUCUCCAUAUCAGGUAUGAAAUGUUUAAAUAAUCAGAAGUGGCUGAAACAUUGUAGUUUUUUUGUCUCAUGGCAGCAAAAACAAACUCCUUGCAUCCCAGAGCAGAUGGUGUGUUUGUCAGACACAAACCCUACUUUGUCCUGUUAAGCCUUCACAUUGCCUGCCAGAACGGAAAUCGAAUAAAAAACAACUUUUCUCCAGUUUUGUGAUUUUUCGCUUUUUAUCUUAUUAUUUAUGAAGCUGAUUAAAGAAUCAAACCAGA